AUGGAACGAUUCCAUUGGUCUUCUAGUGGGGCGGGCCUGAUAUUCCUGCCUCUGACUCUUCCAAAUAUUCUGGCAGUCUUCAUCGGACAGCUCGCCGACAGAUUUGGUACUCGCAUUAUGGGCCCAGUAGUCUGUUCCUUGGCAACGGUGGCAACGAUAAGCCUUCGCUUUACACAAGAUGACAAUACCAAGAGUCAUGUUGUGCUUAGUUUGCUACUUGUGAUUGUCGGCUUUAUGUUCAUAGUUGUGGAUCUCGGGGCAAUGACCGAAAUAUCGACCGCGACUGGUCCAACUGAUGAUGAGGAGGGAUCCAUUUCACAGGGAUAUGCACUUUAUACAAUGUCAUUUGCUGGUGGACAACUAAUUGGGCCACUUGUUGGAGGAUUUGUCAAAGCCCACGCAGGUUGGAGCGUAAUGACACUGGUUUUGGGCGCAAUGUGUGGAGCGUGUGCGAUUUUGACUAGAUUUUUUGGAGCGCAACCCUCCAACUCUGAAUCAAUGGAGGGUGACGAUGAGUAA